GUCGCUUCAUAGUUGCAGUUGGAUACGGAGGACGCUACUCUGAGAACGAACUAUUGUCAUUAACAUCACCUCUUUAUGUCUCAAAGAUGAGUGGAAUAAACCUAGAGUUGUAUUUAAGCAACUGUUUGAGAUUUCAGGAAUUUGUUCGAGAUGGAAUGAAGACUCCAUGUGACAGUUGAUAUGUCGACAUUAAAAAGUGCAAUGGCAAAUCCCAAGAACGACCAAGGUCCCUCUGAGGAGGACAUCCUAGCACAACAAAGUGCUCGUCAAGCUUCAAACUAUUUUGAGAAGUUUGACCGUUAUGACUGCCAGGAACUGUUGGCUCACUCUUCUACCCACUGGAUGCUGUCCAAUGAGGACUUCCGCCUGCCGACUGACCCCCCCGUGGGACUCAUCACGAGCAUCAACCCUACGGGUUCAAAUUACAGUGUGAUCCUCUUCCCAGAAGAUGCGGAUGUGGCAGAGAAUCAGCCUCUUGACUACCGAGAGCUGCACCAGAUUGUGAAGGAACUGACCUAUGGGAUAUUUGUUAUGCAUCAGACUCCGCUCAUAGCCUUGGAGGCGAACUACGACAAGAGCACAUCCUGUCAGCUGCCGCCUGCCUACCUCGACACCAAGGUGGGGCAGGUGUUGGUCAAUGUGGACUACAUGUUGAAAGCUCUGUGGCAUGGUGCUUACAUCCCUAAAGAUAAACGGAUAAAGUUUUCUGAGCGAUGGCGAUCUAAUUUGGAUAUUGAUCCUAAUGGGAAUCCUGAGACGAAAAAGCCACUUCUGACAGAGUUCACUAGUGCUGGUUUGAUGGACAUUACGAAAGAUCCAGAUUAUUCCACAGCCUACGACAACCUGCCAGUUGAGCAGCCUGGCGACACAGACAUGAUUCAAGAGGGACGCUUCUUCAUGAGUCAUGUGGACGAUCUCACGAUGAGAAUGACAUUUUUCCAGAACGCAAUAUCCCACCACAAGGACAUGUACAUAGUUGAUGCUGACUGGGCUGUGUCGAGUAUUGUGAAACUGUUGGACGAUCGCAUUGAUCACACAGGUUACGAGAGGAUUAAGACGCGCCUUCAGCUUCAUGAAGAAAUGAUCAAAACUGCAUUGCCAAGCAAACUUGAGAUUAAACGACAAAUUGAACUCCUUAGGUUUAUUAGUUUCAUGACCCCCUUCCUGAUCGGCCUGAAGAAGCGGAUGAGGAUACCCAACAUCAACCGAUUGUUGCCUGCUAUGGCAGGAGACGAGUGCCGGACAGAGAGAGACUUACCUCCUCUUAUCCUUGGUCAAGAUUUCAAAUGCAAAAACUUCUCGUUUGGAAACCAUUAUUUCCAUCUUCAUGGAGGAAUUCUGUUUGACCUUGAGACCUCCCCUAUGGAGGAAGCUGGGAAGGAGUUCUCUGUGUGCUAUGAUGCUGUCAAGUCUGAGUCCAUGAUGUAUCUCACCAAACUCCUGGAGCCGGACCACGUGUUUCCAGAGCACUGUGCCACGACCGUCACCGAGAUCAAUGAAAAGAGAUACCAUGUGGUGGCGUUGGAGCUGGAGACGUACUAUGGGCAGAAUCCACACAAGCCUCUGUGGGUUCGCUCGUACUCGGAGGCCAUUAGUGGACUGAAACCCAAGAAACUCCCCAUCAAUGACAUAAACCUCCACGAACAGUUCAAGAAGUACUUUGGUUACAAGAAGGCCAUCAAGUAUAAGUCUGCAGUGAAUGGUCUAAAGACUGCAUCCCAGCGCGGCCUUGUGGCCAUGUUCAUGACGUUGUGUCGCAAGAUGCCGGCAUCCCGCCUGGGAAAGCAGGACGAGCACGGCCUGUCACUCCUCCACCACGCCGCCCUCAACAACCGACCCCAGAUCAUUGCCGUACUGCUCCUUCAGUCCAUGGAUGUCAAUGUCCGCCGGAAUAACAUUCUGUCUACAGGUCCGACAGCCUUGCACGUGGCGGCGCGGUGCGGGGCCCUUGAUGCUGUCGCGUGUCUUCUCUCCAACUAUGCCAAUAUCCUGGCCACCGACCAAGAUGGCUGGGCCCCCAUUCAUCAUGCUGCCUUCUUUGACCAUGAAUCCAUCAUCAAAAUGAUGAUACGCAAAAACACCGGGCUCCUCGAACUGACCACGAAGAAUGAGAUGAAGUCAUCUCCUCUCCUACUGGCAGCAAGUUCCGGCGCCCUGUCCGCGGUGCAGUGUCUCAUCCUGCUCGGCUCCGAUAUCACCAAGACGGACGGGGACAACAACGGCAUGGUGAACCUAGCGGCGUUGCGGUUCCACACCAACAUCCUUGAGUACCUGAUAGAGUGGAACCACCCUAAUGUGCCGGUGUGGGAGAUCCUUGUAGCCAUGUUGAAUGCUGAGUCGUUGAUGAAGAAGGACAGUGCUGUGAAGUGUCUGGAGGUUCUGUCCACGUCCAAGGAGGAUCACUGGAAGGCCAUCUUGUAUGCAGGUGGCGUUCCAGCCCUCGUCAACCUGCUGAACUUGAACAACGAGGAGGUACAAUCGGUGGCUGCUUCUGUGCUGUGUAACAUCUCCGAACAAAACGACAUCCGACUGGCUCUCACCACGGCAAAUGCUGGACCAAUCCUCAUCCAGCUUCUCAGCUCCCCGGUGGACGAUAUCCAAUCACGAGCUGCCAUUAUCCUCUCCGACCUGGCUUGUGUCCAAGGCAACCAGGAAGUCAUUGCACAGAAUGAUGGAAUUCCCCCUCUGGUAAAUCUCCUGGACUCCGAGUUGGAAGAUGUGCUGGUGAACGCUGUGAACGCUAUCCGGGUGCUGUGUGUUCGAAACCCCCCCAACCAGACAGCGGUGGCAGAGUGCGAGGGCAUUGAGCCUCUUAUUGAGUUCCUCUCUGUUGACUCGGAGACGCUGCAAGCUGCUACUGCUGCAGCCAUUGCUGCCAUGACAACAGGGCAUCGGGAGAACCAGGAUGCCAUCAUGGCUGAACGAGCUGCUAAGCCGCUGGUGGAUCUGAUUAAGCUCAACCGGAACGUGACAGUCCAGGUGAAGGCUGCAAGUGCUCUGGAGGCUCUGGCCGACAACAACACCGAGAGUCAGACGGAGUUCCUCGCACUGGAUGCUCCUAAAGCGUUGCUCAGAUUGCUUAAGAACAUCAACAUAGAGGUCCGGGAGCAGGGAGCCUGUGCCUUGUGGGCGCUGGCCGGACACACCAAGACUCAGCAGAAAAACAUCGCACAGCGGAUGGGCAUCCCGCACAUCAUCCAGAUGCUCCUGGAACCCACAGAGAAACUGCUCUAUGUUGGUUGUAUGACGUCUAUUGCUCUGGGGCGGGAGAGUAUGGAGAAUCAGAACGCCCUAGCGAAGGCUGAUGCUUUCCAGCAACUUGUCCGUCUGCUGCGUUCCAACAAGACGUCUGACCGGGUGCUGCUGAUGGUGAUCAAGGUGCUGGGAACGCUCUGUGUUGGUGUGGCUAAUCGCAAUAAUAAGCUGACACAGCGGAAAAUUGCAGAGGAAGGAGGAAUCCCCAUCCUGGUCCAGAUAUUACUUUCUCCCCCCUCUGAAGAGAUCCAGGUGGAAGUUGCCCACUCACUGGCUUGCGUGGUGCUCAGUAACCAUGACAACCAGGAAAAGCUGCAAGAGGAGCAGGGCUUCAAGUUCGACAUCCUUCUGGAUUUGCUGAAGUCUAGCUUGGAGGACACUCGUCUCAAGGCAGGUAUGGCGCUCACGACGUUUGCCUUCAACAACACGCCACAGCAGUUUGCCAUCCGUGAGGCGGGCGGCAUCAAGUACUCCGUGUUCGAACCUUUCAUCAGCUCAGAGGAUGAGUACUUUCAGUGUUCUGCAGCGUUCCAGAUCGUGGUUCUGGCUCGUGUCAUUGUCGAUCAAGACCAAGUCCUCCUCACAGCAAGGGGGAUAACUCAGUUGGUCAAGAAACUGACAUCCGAGGAGGAUAAUACCGUGGUCAUAGCAGCCAGUCUGCUGUCCAGCCUUGCGCACACACGUGCAGGGAUUCCUGAUGCCAUGAUAACCACUGGGGCCAUAGAACUCCUUGUGGAACGGCUGUGGUCCAAGAAUGACCUUGUCCGCAAUGCCGUGGCUGUGGCCUUGGGGUACUUGACCUUCAACAAGACGGCUGCACGUGACCUCCUUUCCAAGUGUCGGCGAGAUGGGAUCUUGUACAAACAGCUCAUGGCUAAUAUUGGCAACGAUCCUCGCAUCAGCCAGGAAUUUGUUGACGACUUCAGACGGGCCAAGAUUGUUGGGCUUCCCAGUCAGUGUCUGGACAUAUCAAGCAUGGGUCUUCAUUCCCGAGCCUCCUCACGCCCGCGGACCACUCAGUCUGCUGGGCGACACAACUCUCAAGGAGGCUACAACCGCAUCAAGUCGGCUCCUCCAUGCAUACAUCAGAGGAGGUCCGUAGUCAGCGUCGUUGCUAAACCUACAGAUGAAUCGGGGCGCAAAUCAACACUCUCCACACGUCCAUCAACCUGCUCUACCCGAGCUACAGAGAACAGUGGCAGCUUCAAAACGCAACUUGGUGCAUGGAAAAACAAGAAGUAGGACCAACUCAGCCAUCAACUAGAAUUACCAAGGGGACUCAAAACAGUGGUAGCUUGGAAAUUCAACUUCAAAGUAUUGGAGAUAAAACCUUGCGCGGCCAUCAUCUAGCAUUAUCCAGGGGACUCAAAACAUUGGUAGCUUGGAAACUCAACUUAAAAGUAUUGGAGAUAAAACCUUGCGCGGCCAUCAUCUAGCAUUACCCAGGGGACUCAAAACAGGGGUACCAUUAAGACUCAAUUUAGAGCUUGUAAAAUAUAGUAAGUCAAAUCCAUUUGAUGUAGACUUGCGUGAUAGUGAUGGUGAAUCUGGAGCUUGGAAGAGUAGUAAGCUUACUUGAUUUUCCCCUAAGCCGACUCUGCGGAUUGAGUGUAAUGGUGGCUGUAGGCCUCUGCUUGGAGAGAAAGUAUGCUGUGAAUACUGCUUGUACUCUCCCUUCCGUGUUCAUGUGACUGAGGACAUUGGUAAAAUAACUGUCACUGUGGAACUUAUGUUCAAAUGAUUUAGAUAGAUGGACCCACAGUUCCUUCAUUAUGGCGACAUCUCGAUAAGUAUAUGGAGUGUGUGUCCCUGAUUACCUGCUGGUUCCUGACACAGAAUGGAAGUCUAUCAGUCUGCGGCCGUGCUCUAUGUCUCCAGGUGGAUAGCGUGUCCUGUGUCACAUGAUUAGUAACAGUUUGAAUUGUGGAUGAUCUCGCUGACCAGAAUAUGACAAUUCUGCUCCGCUAUCAGCCAGCUGAGAGAACAGUGAUGGCGUCAUGAUGGAGAGCAUGACAUUCAAGAUGGUGUGAGGGUCUGGCAGACAAGAACUAUAGAAAGUUAGUAAUAACUGAAAAAAGAUAAUUUUAGCUGAGAUGUUGGUGAAUCGGUUAACUGUGGGCACCACAAACUAGACUGUCCUGGGUUCAUCCAGGUUGUGCAUACUGGAGUAAGUCACACCUCCUACAGUCUUGUUAAUGAGAACUGUAAUAAUCAGUUAGGCUGCGGUGUUUAUGAAGAAACCAGGGUAUAACUGAACACUCAGUGCUUGCUCAUAUCCAGGUCCACUUGGCCAACUGUGAAGGUAUAUAUGCAGCAAACCUAACCAUUCAUGGCACAUGAGUGGUUAUGAAUAUGUUAUGCACCAGUAAAACAUUUGUGUUCUUAUCAAGUCUGGAAUAUCAUGAAAUAUUUCCUACAUCUUAUUGGAGCUGUUGCUUAGUAAACCCGUUAAUGAUGUGUUUUUAUUUAAGCAUUGUGGAGACUUUGUUAAAAUCUGCUACUGAUUGUCGGUCUUAGAAACCUUUGUUCUGAGAUAACAAGACUAUUCUUUAUUCUUAGAUAUCGAGACUUGUUUAUUCUCAUACAGCGAGACUAUUGUUUAUUCUCAGAUAGCGGGACUAUUAUUUAUUCUCAGAUAGCGAGACGAUUGUUUAUUCUCAGAUAACGAGACUAUUGUUUAUUCUUAGAAAACAAGAGUCCUGCAUUACUGCUUUAGAAACUAGUCAAGAGAUUUUGAUCUGGUCUUAUAUUGUUUUCAUGUAGUUUCUCAAUUUUUAUGAGCAACAAUUUACAUUAUUACCAAGUUCUUAGAAUGUAUGAUUUUUAGUGUUUUACAGCAUGGGUAAGCAUUAAGUAUUUACUGGUAUCCUAAGUCUGUGAUAUCAUCUGUAUUCAGCAGGAUCUGAAGCUGUUUGUGAGAAACUGUUAUUGGUAUGUGCAUGAUGCUUGAAGAAGCUGCUUCAUCCCAGGGUUCUCAAGUAUGUAACAUCUAUGAGGCUGCCAACCCCCUUCUGAUACACACGAUUCUGGGGUUGAUGUAGAGAAUAGUCAACACUGUGGUAUACGGGAUGCAAGUGAAAUCAUAGUUGGUUAGAAGAUUCAUCAUUUAAACAAAAUGAUGGUGUACAUAAAGGAUUCCUUUAUAUAUUUUAUUUUUCGAUUUUUUUCCCCGGUAAUUUUGAUUGAAAUUGCCCCCUUUUAUGACCCAGGAAUGUGAACUGUAUGUUUUGGUUUAGCCUUUGUAGGGUGGAUUCUGACAUGUCCUUUUGAGAUCUGGUAAGAAGUGUUCGGGAAUCAGGGUGAGCAAGGGGCGGUCGGGUAGCAUUGUGGUUAAAGCGUUCGCUUGUCACACCGAAGACCCGGGUUUGAUUCCCGACAUGGGUACAAUGUGUGAAACCAAUUUCUGGUGUCCCCCACCGUGAUAUUGCUGGAAUAUUGCUAAAAGUGGCGUAAAACCAUACUCACUCACUCACUCAGGGUGAGCAAAUUAGACACUGAAAAGACUCUGAAAUGAAUGUGAGAUGAAACUGAACAAUUCUUUUCAGUGUCAAUAUUUGUAGGCCAUAAUAUUGUCACAAGUCCUCUGUCCUAUCUUGUACAGACAAAUAGAACAACUGCAGGAUUUACAUGCUCCCCAAGGGUCAAGGAGAUGUCACUGGUAGUCUUGGUAGUGCUAUCUAAGAGUAUUAACUUUUUCUCCAGAGACUAUUUAGGAAUCCGAACUGUGGGGACUUACAGAACAGAUCUCCAGCCCCAUGCUGACAAAUUCUUCAAUGGUGCCUUCCAUGUUAUUUGGCCGCCCUUUUAUCUUGGAGAACCCUGACACCAUAUUUGAGAUUUGUGGUGUUGUUCAAGAUUACCAUGGUUUUUAUGAUGUGAAAUAUGUGAUUACCGUAUUCAAUGUAAUAAGCGCCCACGUCGAGAUUUGCUAAUAUAUUGGCUAGUGAACAAUCCCAAUUCACACCCCUUCCGACCCCUAUUCGCAUAUAAUACGCACCGCUUCCUUCCCCUAUUCUCGUAUAAUUAUGCACUCGUGUGUUAUAUGCACCCUUUAUUAUUGGCAAUUAAAUUCUGGAAAAAUAUAUCUGUCGUACAUAAACAUUUCAGGCUGUCAGCAUAAACCACAAAAUUUAUCUUGCAACUCCAAAAUAAUACUCUAAUAAGAGCCCCCUAUUUCUAAUUUUGAGAGCGCCCUGGGCACUUAUUACGUCGAAUACGGUAUGUGUUAUUUAGGCGGUAAACAUACUGUGUUUUUUGUGACAACUCCACAUAACAAACACUGUCAGUCUUUAGAACAGUUUAUAUACUUCAUAAUGUUUGCGUGUACAUUUGCUGAUCACCGGAAUGAUCGCCAUGCUGUUACAAGAGGGAGCAUACAUUGUAUAAGAAUGUUCGAUGUACAUUAGGGAGCGAGAUCUAUUACACUUUUCAAAUUUGAAAUUGUAUCAUUGUAGAUUCAGUUCCCCUUAUUUUAAUUGAGAACUGAGUGCUUUAGCCUUUGUGUGAAGGCAUGUUCGUUUUGAGGUAUCAAAUUGAAUUAGAUACCUGAUUCAAGCAUUUUUCAGUGUCAUGGUAGAAUUACUUAUGAACAGAAUCAUGAAGACUAUCACACUGCUUGUGGAUCAGUAUCACUGUCACUGAAUUCAUAAGAGGUAGUCAUCAAGCAUUCAUACCAAGUGCUGCUUAAUCUCAAAAUGAGGCUUACAUUAUCAUUCUACUUUUAGCAUCAACAUGUUUUUCUACAUCUGAGUCGAAACUUGUAGUUAUGACAUUGGUGGAGAAAGGGGAUUCCCCUGUGACAAAUUUAGGUCAUGUGUUACAUUAUGUCUUCCAGCCUUUGGGUAUCGCUUGAUGGCUUCCUUUAAUGAUUCAUGGGUAUGUGUGGCCAAAGGCAGUGCAAUAUUCUUUGCAGAGUUGUGCCCCCAUGGUGCCAGGAUCUGUAUGUGAUGAGUUUGAAUCCGAUUUCUCCCUUUGUUUAUCAGCACCGUACCUAUGCAUGUGGGUUUAACAAAAUGGUAGUCAUCUGUGAACUGUAUCACUUUGGCUUAGCGUCCACAUUAGGCUGACAUGUCUUGAUAUUACUGAAACACUGAGCUGCAUUAAAUCCACUGUGACUCCAGUCGAUGCUGCAGCAGCAGCAGGUUUUAUAUCAAUGGCUGUUUCUGUUUAUGCAACAAAUGCUGGACACGAGAGUCAUGUUUCGAGUUGUUUUGUUAUUUGUGAAAUAGUUGAAUCAGUGUCCUAUUUAUCAUGUUUGUACAUUAUGUAUAUUCCUGUCCAUUGUCUUAAUGGCAAACCAUGCAUGUACUGGUAAGCCAGGAUCAGGGUUCACUCUAGGAAUUUUCUAACAUGGGCCCUUUAAUGUGAAAAUUUCAAAUAUUCCAGAGGUACAUACAGCGCAAUGUUAAAAUGCCCCAUUGUAUUUGAAAAUGUGGGCCUUUUUUCAAAUUUAGGGGCUAAAAGCACAAGGCCCCACCAUAGAAUUAUCCCUGCAGGAUAGAUUAAACCAAUUCACAAAACGCGUUUGCGACAAGUAGGAGGUACACAGAAUUUGGGCAACAUAUUUGGUUUGUUACAGGUAGAGAGGUUGUAUGCAUGUUGUGCACGUGCAGGUCAUGACGAUGAAAUUGACUACGCUCCCAUGGACACACGUGUUGCUCACAAGACUAUUAAGAAUAAUAGAUACCAGAAUUCUCUUAAAGUUGUUUGGUAGAAGUUAAUUACAAACAAAAAGACAUGUCCUAGCUAGGUAAGCAUGGCCAAAUCAAACAUUCUCAGGCUCGAGAAUUGGCCUAUAAUGUGAUAAAUUACAUGGAGAAAGAAUGUACAACUAAAUCUCAAGCAUGGUCUAAAGCUAGCAUUGCCACUGGUCUGUCUGUAUCUAUGCUAAAGGGCAUCAGAAUGUGAAGACUAGUGGUAUGAGUAUCCAGUUAUCUCAAUAUAGAUCCAUCUGGCAAUAAUAUAUUUUCAGUAUGCUGAAACCCCAUAAACAAUCACAUGGUUUAAUAAUUGAGUAUGCCUUUGAGUCAACUAUCACUAUGUUAAGGUUUCAACCUUCACAAUCAUUUGAUGAAUGACAUGACACUAUUCAUUAUUGCGCCCUGGGGUUAAAAAAGUACAUUGUAUCCAUUUUUACCGCAAAUUAAUUCAUUUAAUUGUCACGAUACUUCUCAAUUUUUGUUAUCUAUACAAAUUUGCUGUUUCCGUUUUCACAGUCAUCGGGUACCUCACAUCCGCAGGUACUAUCUUUUACUAUUGAACUCGCUACUAUUGUUAGCCGAGACAGGACACACACAUAUCCACCCACUACCCCUUUCUUCACAGUGGUGGGGCGGUCAGGUAGCCUAGUGGUUAAAGUGUUCGCUCGUCACGCCGAAGACACGGGUUUGAUUCCCCACAUGGGUACAAUGUGUGAAGCCCAUUUCUGGUGUCCCCUGCCGUGAUAUUGCUGGAAUAUUGCUAAAAGCAGUCAUACAGGGUUAAUUGUUAGGUCACAACUUAUCCUGGCUUACCAGUAGAUUGUUGAACAUGGAUACUUAUAUGAUACUUCCUAAUGCUGACCAGGUAAUAUUUGUAGAUGGAGGAGAGAUCUGAUCAUUAUAAGAUCUGAGUCGUAGUAAUGUACAGUUUGAAGACAUUCGCAAGUGUCAACCCAGAAUGGGAUUCGACCAAUUUAGACAGUGUUUGUGUUUCUGAAUCUAUAGUCGAGGCUAUUGGAAUAUUAUGUUCACAGUCAUUGUGUUUACAAGCUGUAAGUGUAGCCAUUCUGACCUUGAGGUUCAGAGUGAGGUCUCCUUGUAUUUCCUAGAGUAUUGAAAUAAGGAAAUGAUUGUUUUCAACUGGAUGUUUGUAUUGUCUUAAAUUAUAUAUUGCAAUAUAGUCCACAUAUCUGAUCUCAUAGAAUGAUAUAUAUUAUAUGCUGUGUUGCCAUGGUAAUUCGCUAUUGUGAAACAUCCACAGUUUGGAAUACUGGUGUUUUUGUCCAGGGCUACACAAUGCCAAUUUGGCACCAUGACUGUCAUAAGUCUAAUUCAAGGUAUAGGCUCAAGGUUAUGAUAAUCUUAGCGCUAAAACUGUCAUACGUCUAUGUGAAAGUCUAGAGUUAUGAUAAUCUUAGCGCUAUGAUUGUCGUAAGUCUAUAUUAAAGUAUAGGGGUUGUAAUCGUCUUAGUACUAAGAUCACAAUGUGCAUAAAGGCCCAAUAUGGUUCUCAUUUUAAUUGGUGUUACUCCAAAAACAACUUAACACGACACAAUGAAGUUAACCUAAACAUGCCCGUAGUGCUACUCAAUUUUUGAAAGGGAUAGUCUGUAACAUCUAGUCUCUGAAAU